GUUAAACUUCCUCUCUCAGCCACACAGGAAGCUGAGCCGGCUCUGGGCCCAGCCCCAAACUAGCACAGGCCCCCAGGACCCCUGGAGAAAGGGCCAAGCCAGGCCAACCCUGCAUGGACCAUGGAACCCAGAGCUGAAGGGGGUCCCCCGACCAUGUUUGAUUGGUUCUUCGAAGUGGCCUGCCCUGCCUCCCUGCAAGAGGAUCCCCCCAUCCUGCGGCAAUUCCCUCCAGACUUCAGGGACCAGGAAACUAUGCAGAUGGUACCCAAAUUCUGCUUCCCUUUUGAUGUGGAAAGGGAGCUCCCCAGCCCUGCUGUCCAGCACUUCACCUUUGCUCUCACGAACCUGGCAGGCAACCGCAGAUUUGGUUUCUGCCGCCUGCGUGCUGGUGCCCACAGCUGUCUCUGUAUCCUCAGCCACCUGCCUUGGUUUGAGGUGUUCUACAAGCUACUGAAUAUAGUGGGAGACCUCCUAGCCCAAGACCAGGUCUCUGAGGCUGAGGAACUUCUUCUACAUCUGCUGCAGCAGCGCCCACCCUGGUCCCAGGCGUCAGUGGAUCUGGGGCUGGGCAGCGGAGUGAUGAUCUCCAGCUCUCACGGAGUCCCACCCCCUGAUCCUGGGAAUAGCAGGCUGCUUUCCUGCUUCGUGGCCCCCGAUUCCGAACGCUUGCCAUCCAUCCCUGAGAAUAGGAAUCUAACGGAGCUGGUGGUGGCUGUGACAGACGAGAACAUCGUGGGGCUGUUCGCGGCGCUCCUGGCAGAGAGAAGAAUCUUGCUCACCUCCAGCAAGCUCAGCACCCUGACCUCGUGCGUCCACGCGUCCUGCGCCCUCCUGCACCCCAUGCGCUGGGAGCACGUGCUGAUCCCCACGCUGCCCCCACACCUGCUGGACUACUGCUGCGCGCCCAUGCCUUACCUCAUUGGAGUGCACGCAAGUCUCGCCGAGAGAGUCCGAGAAAAAGCCCUGGAGGACGUCGUUAUGAUGAACGUGGACUCCAAUACCUUGGAGACGCCUUUCGACGACGUGCAGGCGCUGCCCCCAGAUGUGGUGUCCCUGCUGAAACUUCGGCUUAGGAAGGUCGCCCUGGCCCCCGGGGAAGGGGUAUCCCGUCUCUUCCUCAAAGCUCAGGCUCUGCUCUUCGGAGGGUACAGAGACGCGCUCGUCUACGUCCCGGGCCAACCAGUGACCUUCAGUGAAGAGGCCUUCUUGGCCCAGAAGCCUGGGGCACGCCUGCAGGCCUUCCAUCAAAGGGCUGUGCACCUGCAGCUGUUCAAGCAGUUCAUCGAAGGCCGACUGGAGAAGCUGAACACAGGGGAGGGCUUCUCAGAUCAAUUUGAGCAGGAGAUCACUUGCUGUGGGGCAUCUUCAGGCACCAUUCGCUCCUAUCAGCUCUGGGCAGACAACAUAAAGAAAGGUGGUGGUGCCCUCCUGCAUUCAGUCAAGGCCAAGACCCAACCAGCCGUCAGGAACAUAUGCCGUUCGGCCAAGAAUGGCUUGAAGGGUGUGCAGAACCUGAUGAUGUCCAAGGAUGAGGACUCUAGCCUCCAGAGGGGGGGCUCCCUGAGGCUCCUCACCAGCCACUCAGAUCGCUUGCAGCAGCGUCGACCCAUCAUUCAGCACUUUGGACACAACCGGCCCCUUCGCCCCAGCAGGAGAUUCCAACUGGAAGGACCUUCUGAGCCCCCAGGGGAGGGUCCUGAAGGUGACCAGGGCCUGUGGGCAGCGGAAGCUCUGGACAGCAGCUUCUUGAGUUCUGGAGAAGAACUGGAUUUGUUGAGCGAGAUUUUAGACAGUUUAAGUAUAGAAGCCAAGAACACAGGAAGCCUGAGACCAAGCCAGAGUCUAGACUGCUGUCACAGAGGGGACCUGGAUAGCUGCCUCAGCCUGCCCUCAACCCUGCCUGUGGACUUGCUGUCCCUACAACAUGCCACUGGCGCCUCAAAGAACCCCAAUCCCCAGCAGCCCUCAGAGGCCAACCAAGAAGUCAUCUCCUCGUCCCCAUCUUCGGCAGCCUCUGCAGAGCCCGCCCAUCUCAUGGAACCUCUAACCCUUCAUCUCUCCUCUCCUCACAAGACAGCUGAAGAUUCUAGAGCCCAGGAGAGCUGCUGCUCCUGGCUCCCCACAGCUCCCACCCAGCCCAACCCUCUAGAAAGCCCCCAAAUUCUGGCCCCCACAAAGCCCAACUUUGACAUUGGCUGGAAGCCCCAGCCCUUGGACCCCAGUUCUCCCAAGAACCCCAGAGCCCAGCCUUCCAGAUUCCUGCUAGCAGAGCCUGCUCACCUUCAACAACUCGAGGAGCAGGGAGCCCCCAACCAUCCUGCUCCACCAACGAGCAACUGGCAAGAACCCCAGGCCAGAAGCCGGCCCAGAGUCGCAGAUCUUAAGAAGUGCUUUGAGGGUUAAAGAUCAGGGGUCCAGAGAAGACCCCCGUCCCUCAAUAAAGCCACAAAAGCCCAAAGCA